AUGGCAGCUCGACCAGCAACAACUGUUCCCCGCACAAAGAAACAGAACCAUGCAAACAUUCCAUGUCCUAUAGAAAACUGCGCACGAUUCACCUACGGCAAGCUACCCGACCAUCUCACCAAGAUUCAUGGUCUCACCGGCGCUGAACGAGACGCCCUCAACGAACAACAACGUAAACGAUUCUUCAACGGCGAGCUAUGCCAAGUGCGAUACCUCAAAGAAUCAGCAAUCAGAGAUCUCUGGGGAUCAGACUAUGAAGAUCCCAGAAUUCGUGCCAAAAUACACCAAAGUUUUGCUCUAGUCAAGAUACGAAUUAUACCACUGGCAGCUACACAGCGAGCUCGCCCUCUUACUGAACAAGAUGCUAAUGUUCUGACAGCUUAUAAUGCCAGAACUGCACCAAGACCAGCGCGAGUACAGAAAACGAGGACUCGACCGCGGCCUUACCCUGCACCUGAGGCUAGUCCUGUUGAACGGAGAGCUUCUAGUGAAUCCAGCGAAGAAGAAAAUACUCAGAAUCCAUUACCACCAUCACCGCCUCCGUCAUCACCAUCCCUUCCACCUUCACCAGCUCCUUACGAACUGCAACCAGUGGAAACUCGCUUACGAGACAUAUUUGAUUCAAAAGUCGAUGCUGGAUAUAAAGCUGUGAUCGAUGACAUGAAGAAAUCAAUGACCAUGGGUAGGACACUCGGAGCGAGGAAGCGCAAAGCGUAUCGAACAUACCGACGGUACGCAAAGAGAUUGAUCGCCUUCCUUCACAGACAACAUUCACCACUAGCAUACGAUGUGGACGUACUUCUUUGUGGAGAAAGCCAAGUCUGCGCGUUCCUUGAACGAAUCAGCGCUGAACAUAAGACGAAAACUUUAAGGAAUUAUAUUGUGGCUGCGAUCAAGCUGCUGGAUUCGCGACUCUUUGCCAUCGAAACUGAUCCUUCUUGCAAGGAGAAGGUAGCUUCAAUGACACGAGUAUACGAUGUACUUCAUGGACGUCUUACAGAAUGUGACAGAUUGCUGGCACAAAAAGAAGCCUGCCAGAAAAAAUCAUCGCCGUCUUUCGAAAGUGUCAUGGAACACAGUUUUAAUGAUUCAUACGAUGAGUUGGUUUAAAAAGUGGAGUUUUAAAUGACUGUAUUUUAUAAUUAUUCGGAACCCUGCUGCUAAUUCGUCCCGGCUUUCUUCGUAGUCCGCUAAGCGAAGUGUUUCUAGAACUCGUUGAUGUAAAUAAACAGCACUUUGCAAUUGCAAUUAGAAGAAUAUGCGCUAAGAUAUUUAUGAACUUAAUGUU